AAGUGGAGGCACCUGAAGAAAAAGCAAAUAAGAUGAAAUCAUUCUUCAUUUAUGCAGUGGGCAACUGGGACGCUGAAUUUUAUGCCAAGGUCAAUGAUGAUGUCUAUGUUAAUCUUGAUGCUCUUGGAGGAGUGCUAACUUCUCAUUUGGACAAGCCCCGUGUUUAUAUUGGUUGUAUGAAAUCAGGCCAAGUUUUCUCUGAGCCGACACAUAAAUGGCUCGAGCCAGACUGGUGAAAAUUUGGCGAUGGAAAAUCUCCUACACAACCAACAGCGCAAAAGUGGUAUUUUUAAACCCAAGGCCACAAACAAGGAACUUCAGAGGCAGCACCUGUACCAGAAGCAAGACCCAUACCACUUUCUGCAGACCACCUAAUAAUAACGAACUCUCUCUGCGACUACCUCUUCGAGUGCAACUACCUGCCGCUACCGGAAUUUGGAUUGCAGGACCACCUUGGCUUGCACUGCCACCACCGAGAUCGUGAGGAAGAAGAGGACUGGCGGCGCCGCUUUCCGGCCUCCGCGCCGGCCGAAGUGCUCGCGGGUCUCAAAAAUCGCAGCGGCUCUCAUGAACCGGAGGAAAGGGAACCCCAGCGGGCCCCACUCCAUUGAAGAACUUGUGAGAGACAGAGAGGAUACUUUCGACAUGCUUCAGGUGAGGUCUAUGUCGUUUCAAAAGCAUUGGCUCAGUUUGUUUCAAUAAACAGAUUUAUUCUGCGUACAUAUGCACACGAUGAUGUAAGCAUUGGAUCAUGGUUUAUUGGGCUUGAUGUACAAUACCUUGAUGAAACAAAGUUUUGCUGCUCCUCCUGGUCCUCAGGUGCAAUUUGUGCAGCAGUAUGACGACUUUCCACUGACAAUUAGAGUGACAGAAGGAUCUAUAGCUAACAGAAACCCGUUACUUCCUCCAUGAUCAUUUUAACCUUAGGUGAUUUUCUGUUAUGAUAAUUUCAACCAGCAGUUGAUUCUUCCACUUGAAUGCGGGGAGCUAUGCCUCUGUGACAACACAUACUUAGAUGCUCCUCAGAAUGUUCAAAGCUUACAGGCAAGACGACACACCGUUCCUUGAAUUGAAGAUGAAUACCACUUCCGGAGAAAGUGAUAACAGAGCAGCCGCAACCGCAACCGCAACCGCAACCGCAGCUGGAGUUGAACUUACCAAAGACAAGAAUGGAAUACCCCUACUCGUUCUUCGAAACAACCGUGGAGCUUCAGCUACGGUUAGUUUGCAAGGAGGCCAGGUUCUUUCUUGGAAAACAGAACGCCGUGAGGAGUUACUCUUUAUAAGUAACAAGGCAAUCUUUAGUCCUCCCAAAGCCGUGCGGGGAGGAAUUCCAAUUUGUUUUCCACAGUUUGGGAAUCGAGGAACUCUGGAGCAACAUGGAUUUGCGAGGAACAAAAUCUGGUUUAUUGAGAAAGAUCCUCCAUCGCUUGCUGGAGAUUUCAAUGGAAAAGUUUAUAUUGACUUGCUUCUCAAACCAUCAGAAGACGAUAUGAAAAUAUGGCCACAUAGAUUCGAGUUUCGCCUAAGGGUCUCUUUGGCCGCAGAUGGAAAUUUGACUUUGACAUCUCGCAUCAGGAAUGUCAAUGGCAAGAAUUUUAGUUUCUCCAUUGCAUAUCAUACAUAUUUUUCCGUCUCAGAUAUCAGUGAAGUGAGGGUAGAAGGGUUGGAAACUCUUGACUAUCUUGACAAUCUGCACCAGAAAGAACGUUUCACGGAACAAGGAGAUGCUUUGACAUUUGAAUCAGAGGUAGACCGGGUCUACCUUGAUUCCAGCAAUACCGUAGCUGUUCUAGACCAUGAAAAGAAGAGAACAUUUGUGAUACGAAAGGAAGGACUUCCAGAUGUUGUUGUUUGGAAUCCUUGGGAAAGAAAAUCCAAGUCCAUAGUAGAUUUAGGGGAUGAAGAGUACAAACAGAUGCUAUGUGUUGAUGGUGCAGCAGUUGAAAAAUCAAUCACCUUGAGACCAGGAGAAGAAUGGACAGGCCGCUUGGAGCUCUCAGUUCUUCCAUGUUCAUGAUCUGCAGUGGAUUUAUAUGCAGACUGAAAACAAAUACUAACAAAAAUAAUACCACUAAGCAUUUUUUUUUAGCAAGUGGUAGUUUGUUUUUUUAGCAAGUGAUAGUUUGGGUAAAUCUAGUAUAAGUCAUAAGCAUGUCUUUAAAUAAAAGGGAUACUUUUCAAAAUAAAAUCCCUUUCCAAUUUCACAUGUAAGUGAUGUACAUGAAAUUGUUAACUUUUGAAAAGUUUAUGGUUAUGAAAAACUUGUUAGUAUGCUUUGUGAUU